CAAUUCUUCCUUUCAAUUUGUAUUUUUUAGCAUCUACCAAUCCAUAAUCUGCGAUUAAUCUCUCAAUCUCCAUCGGAAAUUAAUCUGCAAUUCAAUCUCCUAGGGCGAUUAAUCUUCAAUUUGUAAUUUCAGACACCGGCGGGCAACGAAGUGACGGACCUAUUCAGUCGGUGGUCCGGUAGUGCUGAGACGGCGGAGGGGCGGUUGGCAAUUGGUUCGUCACUCUUCAAGUCCUCAAUUUUACCAGAUUGAAAAUCAGUCAUACUACAACAACUAAACACUGGUAUGCAAAGAUCCCCACAAAGUUUGCUUGUACUUCUGCAACGUUUUCUCAGCCACGCCAGACAAGUAAAGCAAAUCCACUGCCACCUUACCACUGCUGCACACCUCCACUGCACGGCUGAAUGGGCCAACACCCUCCUCUACAACACCCUGAUCCGUGCAUACUUGGGCUUUGCACAACCCACCACCACCCUCCUCCUCUUCACUCACAUGCUUGCUCAUCAAGCCCCACCCAACCGCCACACCUUCCCUUCGCUCACAAAAGCCAUAUCUCUUCUCCCCACCCACUGGGCUCCUCUUCUCGGCAAACCCCUUCAUGCUCAAGCCCUCAAGCGCGGGGCAUCUUCUGACCCCUUUGUGCAGACCACAUUUCUUUGGUUGUACUCCCAGCUAAAUGAGCUGGGCAGUGCACGCAAACUGUUUGAUGAGAUUUCUGAACCAUGCGUCGUGGCGUACAACGCCAUGCUUGAUGCCUGUGGGAAGAAUGGGAACAUGGAUCUGGCUGUUUUGAUGUUCUCUGCCAUGCGCAAAAGGGAUAUCUAUUCUUGGACAAGUGUGAUCAAUGGGUACGCGAGAAAUGAGCUAUUUGAGGAGGCAGUGAAGUUUUUCAAGAAAAUGAUGGCCCAUGAUGAUGUGAUUGGCGGCUCAUUGAAACCCAAUGAGGCCACUUUCGUAAGCAUUCUGUCAUCAUGCACGGCAUUGUAUCAAGGGAAGCAAAUACACGGAAACAUGGUGAAGAAUGUAAAGCUGACCGAUUUCAUGGGAACCGCAUUGAUAUCUCUCUAUGGGAGAAUGGGUUGUUUGGAUUACGCAAAAAAAGUAUUUGACACACUAACUGUCAAGAAAGCAUGCACUUGGAAUGCUAUGAUCUCUGCCCUUGCCAUGAACAGCAGAGAGAAACAAGCAUUGGAGACAUACGAAACGAUGAAGUCUACAGGCCUGAAGCCGAACGAGGUAACCUUAGUAGCAGCCCUUUCGGCGUGUGCACAUGCCGAACUCGUGGAAUAUGGUCUGGAAAUUUUUGAUGCAAUGUCUCAAGAACUUAAGAUUGAACCUAAGAUGGAACACUAUGGUUGCAUUGUCGAUCUCUUGGGAAGGGCCGGGCUUGUUGAAGAGGCGUAUAGGUUUGUGGGGAGGAUGCCUUUUGAAGCAGACGCGUCUGUGUUAGGAGCUCUUUUAGGAGCCUGUAGGGUCCACGGAGAGGUCGAGCUGGGGAAUGAAGUGGGGAGGCGCCUGUUCAACUUGCAACCAAAGAAGUGCGGCAGGUUUGUGUUGCUGUCUAGUAUAUAUGCAGGCGCAGAGCGAUGGGAUCAUGCUGCUGCCUUGCGAAGGGCAAUGGUUGAUGCCGGGAUUGAGAAGAUUCCUGCUUUUAGUGUGAUUCAGUGAAGCCUUUUUUUAUCUGGACAAUGUUAGGGGUACAUCAAAAUAAGGUGUCACAUUUGUAGACCAAGCACUAACAUGCACACAGACAUUCAAUGUUUGUGCAUUGUGUUUGUCUGUUAAUGCUUGAUGUACAAAUGGGGUACCCCAUUUUGGUGUAACCCUAGGUUAAUUCUUUUUUUAUCUAUGUGUAAAAAAAUAAUGAAGCCUUAUAUCUUGUGCCAUGUUUUAGGUGUGCAAAGUGUCCUCCAUUAAGACAUGGGAUUUCAGGUUAUUGUUGUGUCAUAUGAAACAAUUUGCUGUAAAUGUGAAAAUGUUUGUUGCUGUGAUUUAGUUGUACU